AUGAAUGUAUUGAUAAUAUUGCCGAUUUCGUUUUAUCUAUUAUCAUUAUUUGUACAAACAAGUUUUAUGUGUAUUUGUCCAUCCACAACGGAUUUAAGCCAUGAAUUUGAUGCUACGGAUUUUCUAUUUAUUGGUGAAGUACAGAAUGUUUCUCGAAACUAUAUGAAUGGCCGAACAAAUAUUGAAUUUAAAAUAUUAAAAGUACUUAAAGGCUAUUUCAGUACAAGUACAGAUAACGUCGUAGUUGUCGGACCUUUGGGCGAACAUUUAUGUGAAAUAGCCUUUAAAGUUGGACAAAAAUGGCAAAUAUGGAGUUAUUAUGAACUAAAAAAAGAGAAAAAAGUGAUUGUUACGGAACGUUGUACAAGAAGUACUAUGAAUUUUACCGACACAGAAGCUGAACUAAACGCUUAUUCACAAGAAUGGAUGGCUAGAACAACAUCAGUUCAUCCAAGAUUAAUAACCACUAUCGAUAGUGUAACAAAAACGGUACAUUUAGAGACUGUUAGUAAUGAUAUAAAUACCGUCAUUGACAAGCCACAUUCACAUUCUGUCAACGAACGUGAACGUCAAUCACACUCUACUCCAAUAAUUUGUUCGAGAAUCAAUGCAAAAAAUAGAAUCUGUUCAAAUUAUUUACUAGUUUUGUUAACUACUACGUCAUUAUUUAUAUUAUUCUUAUAA